AGCAGCGGCGGAUAGACAGUAGGAGCGAGUCGCGCGAGUACGUCGGUCGAGAGAGAGGUUUGAGUCGGCUCGAAUUGUCGCGUCGCGAGCAUUACGGUAGUUCGGCGAGGUGUUCGGUCCGUGAUUUUGUUCGCCUUUUCCGUAUGCGCGUCGCUCGUCGGUGCGUCCGUUGCGGCCAUUGUCCCUGACAUGGAAGCCUACCAAAAUGGCAGAGAUCGUGCACAUGUUUUUGUUCCUAUAUAAGUCCAAGUAUCGUCGGAAAGAUCAGUGGCGGCGAUCUCGUCGUGGCAACGGCGGCGGCAACGUUGGUAACGUGGACGACGACGACGACGACGAGAUCGCCGCGGUCGGGCGCGAUCGACGACGCCGUCAUCGACGACGCGGCCAUGGCAGCGACGCCGCCGCGGUCGCGGUGCCGUGGGCGACUUUAUUACCGUGGGCGGUGCUCGUCUGCUGCUGGGUGAUGCGCGUAAGCGACGCCGCGUCCUCAUCUUCCGCGUCGCCGAUCGUGGAUACGGCCUGCUACCUAGACACCUGUGUCAACGGGGACUGCGUCAAUGGCACCUGUAUGUGCCACGAGGGUUGGCAGGGCUCGCACUGCCAAUACUGCGGCGGGAAGGUCAGAUUAUCAGAGAGGACUGGCAUCAUCCACGACGGUUUCGGCAAUUACACAGCGGACGUGAGGUGUUCCUGGUUGAUCGAGAGCAGUCCGAACACCAAGAUACGGAUGCACGUGGAGCAAUUCGCAACGGAAUGCGCCUGGGAUCAUCUAUACAUCUACGACGGUGACAGUGUCGAGGCACCUCUAUUAGCCGUCUUCUCCGGCCUGAUGCACAAAGACGGCUAUCACGUACGCCGCGUGCCGGAAGUAAUAGCGCGAUCCGGCAGCGUGUUGCUGCACUUCUAUUCCGACGUCGCGUACAAUAUGAGCGGCUUUAAUAUUACGUAUAAAGUCAACGCUUGUCCGAGCAGAUAUUCCUACAUUGACUGUUCCGGCCAUGGAGUGUGCAUCGAAGGCACGUGUACCUGCGAUGCCAUGUGGACCGGUGAAGCCUGCGAUGCGCAGGUAUGCCCAAACAAUUGCUCCUUCCUUCAUGGACAGGGCGAGUGUGAUCGCGAGCGUCAUCAGUGCAACUGCUUUAACGGCUACAAAGGCGCAGACUGCAGCCAAAAGGGCGAUCGUGGAUUUUGGGAAAGUAUCACGUACAAGGAUUUGCCGCCGGAUGGGUCGGCCAGUCACUGUUCUAUCGUCUGGAAAGAUUCUCUGUACGUGGUUGGCGGCGAGAGUUUCAACCGUGCCAAGAUGAUAUACGUAUAUGAUUAUAACGGCAACGUCUGGGAGACGCCUCACAUCGAGGGUCGCGCGCCGUUGCCACGAUACGCGCACUCGUGCGUGCUCUUCGGCGACAAGAUAUUCAUGUAUGGUGGUGCCUUGCAAAACUCCACCAUGACCAACGAGAUCUGGGCGUUCGACGUGUCCGCCAAGGUCUGGGAGAACGUCACCGUGUACAAUAGCUGUCACAACAGAACGAUGUGUGGCCCGCUGAAGGUAGCUGGGCAUACCGCGACUUUAGUGCAAAGUCAUGACAAGAAGGAGAAAAUGGUUGUGAUAUUCGGCUUUUCGCCGGACUAUGGUUACUUAAACACCGUCCAGGAAUAUUCUUUGGGUACGCGCGAGUGGAACAUUGUCAAAACGAUCGGUUUUCCGGUGAAGGGCAGUUACGGCCACAGUUCCGCCUACGAUCCUCUCACGAAUCUCAUCUAUGUAUACGGCGGUUAUGUGUCAGAGCCGUUGAAUUUGCACGUGUUAACCAACCGAAUGUAUUCAUAUCAUCCCAAUAAUCACGAAUGGCGUCUGCUCACAGCGGCACCGUCGGCGCGUUUCUUUCACACGGCUACUUUUGUUUCCGACGGACUGAUGUUGGUGUUUGGUGGUAAUAUGCACAACGAUACGCAACAGUCUCACGGUGCGCAAUGUUAUUCAGCCGACACGCUCGGCUACGACGUCCUAUGCGACACCUGGCAUCAGUAUAUCAUGCCUAGAGAUAUGGGCGAUCUUCCGCGAUACGGUCACAGCGCGACAGUCUUCGAGAAGUCGAUGUACGUCUACGGUGGUUUUAAUGGUGAAAUGCUCUCUGACAUGUUGAGGUAUACCUCAGGCAAAUGUGACCAAUUGACAAAUCAGAACCAGUGCCUGAACGCUAGAAUAGGUGCGAAAUGCGUGUGGCACAAACAAGACGGUCGAUGCCUUUCUAUCACGAGGCAUACGCUUAAGAAAUAUCAAGACGAUGACACUUAUAUGAAAUGCUUAGACAACGCGCCGCCACGUGGAAUGACGUCGCAUGAAGAGCUUUGUAAGCUUUUCGGCGACUGCUCUUCCUGUGUGCAAACUUCAUAUAAUUGCGUUUGGUGCAACAAGGGUUGCCAGCACGAAAAAUGUCGGGAUCAUCAACCUAGUACGACUACUACGAGGCCUCCUGUUGUUAUGGAUCUAAAGCAGUGCGAGUCGAGUGGUAUCGAGUGCGCGCUACUGUACACAUGCCACGCUUGCGAAGCUAAUCCACGUUGUCAAUGGUCUUGGGUCACCGCUGAGCGUUGCAUGCUUAGGCAGAGCACUCAGCAGACAGUGGACAACAGCACAAUCCUUCUACCAAAAUAUCCGGAAAUGUGCCGAUAUAAUCCAUGUAUAGAGUAUACAACGUGUCGCAACUGCACGGAAGGCGAUUGCAUCUGGUGUCAAAAUGAGGACAGGUGCGUGGACAAGAAUGCAUACUCGGUCAGUUUUCCCUAUGGACAGUGCCGUGAGUGGACUACGACGGAUACCAGGUGUCGUCCAACAGAGAUUGGCAAGGACUGGUGCAGCUUUUAUUUGUCGUGCGCCACUUGCCGUUCAGACCCUGCAUGUGGUUGGUGCGAUGAUGGAUCGGGCACCGGGAAAGGUAUGUGCCUGCCCGGCGGAGCUCGUGGUCCCAGCAGUACCAAGACCUUAGAGACGUGUCCGUUCGAACAUUGGUACUUCACAGCAUGUCCAACCUGUCAGUGCAACGGACAUAGUAAGUGUCUUCCAAACAGCAGCGUCUGCAUUCAGCCGUGUGGAAACUUAACUUAUGGACCACACUGUGAUAGAUGUAUAUCUGGGUACUACGGAAGUCCACUUAACGGAGCAAUGUGUCAACCUUGCUCCUGCAACAAUCAAGGCACGCAAUGCACAAGCGAAACGGGCAAAUGUUUUUGCACGACCAAAGGCAUUAUUGGCGAUCACUGCGAACGUUGUGACGUGUCCGGUCUUUAUAAUGGAGAUCCUACGAAUAAAGGAUCUUGUUUUUAUGACUUAGCUAUCGAUUAUCAGUUUACAUUUAAUUUAAGCAAAAAAGAGGAUCGUCAUUAUCGGGCCAUUAAUUUCAAAAACUCACCACCAAAAGCCGAUAUCGAUGCUGAAUUCUCUAUCACGUGUUCCGUACUUGCUAAAAUGAAUAUCACCAUCAAAAAAGUAAACAGUCCGGAAAAGCCGCUGUUGCUCGGCGCGAAUUGCACGACGACCAUGUACAAGCAACGCUUUAGCAAGGCGGAUUACAAUUUUGGCAGCGAAGAUAAUAAUACUUUUACCACAUUCUAUGUAUAUGUUUAUGACUUUCAACCACCGGUAUGGAUUCAAAUCUCAUUCUCUCAAUACUCCAAAUUGAAUCUACAACAGUUUUUCAUUACAUUCUGCACAGAUUACAUGCCACCACACAGGUGUUUUCUCGCUCUGCUAUUGGUAGCCGCCAUUCUGUGGAAGAUCAAACAGAAAUAUGACCUGUAUCGACGAAGACAACGGCUCUUCUUAGAGAUGGAACAGAUGGCCAGCAGAGCUUUCAGUCAAGUUAUAGUGGAGAUUGAGAGACGUGAUAUUGACAGCACAGAUCUGGAACACGGUGAUACCGAUUUUAAUUGCCGUAAAAAAAAGAAGGAUGUCCCUCCUAGUCCGAUCGCAUUGGAGCCCUGUUGUGGCAACAGAGCGGCAGUCCUGUCUCUGCUAGUCAGAUUGCCAACUGGCGGCGAACCUUACACGCCAACGGGACAAAGCGCCGGUUUAGCCGUUGCGUCUGCUUUGGUGACAUUAGGCAGCCAGCGUAGACCAUCUCAGGAAUUAACGACGAAAGAGCCGAAGAAGACGAGGAAGUCGGCCAGUCAACAUCCGGACUCCACUUGUAUUUAAUGAUAAAACGAGCAAAUUGGGAAGGACGUGAUUAUAAUGAGCCUUAGAGUUGUUUCUGUGAUCUUGCCCGUGCUUAAUACGGCAGGACUUUUAUCUAACUCUGACAGAGUGAAAAGUGUGGUGAUGAUUCAAUGAUCGCAAUGAGAUUGAAAACAUACGGAGAAUUUUAUUCGUUGAUUUUACACGUGCACUGAUUGGUGAACCAAACGAUUCAGCUGUUUUAUUCGAAGAGUUGGCUGAACGUUUAACAUUAGAUAUAGAUAUACGCGCGUUUUUCCUUAUCGAGUAGAAGGAGACGUCUUUGAUAGAGGAAUGAAUGAACUACUCCGAACAUUUACGUCCGCUAAUCACGGUGAGUAACACGUUUAGAAUUGAGGUGCAUAUUCAAGUAUCUUCGUUCGCCAAGAAGAGACGCCCGCAUUGAUUAUUCGGCUAACAUUCGAAUUUUCUUUAUAAAUCUCAAUUAAUGAUGUACAGUAUUGUAUAUAUAGAUUAUUAGAUGAUUACACAUUUUUCUUGAAUGAUAUGUUUGCUCGUGUGUGGAUAAAAUGGCCUCGUGCAUAUUUGAAAAACUUUUAUCUGCUGCUUCUUUUAUACGAAUUCCUUCAAUCAUAAUCCAAAUGAAACGCAUGUGCAGAUUUAAUCCUUCUAAGUCUAGAAAGUUUUUAAAAAUAUCUUUGACCAAUAUUAUUUUUUACAAAUCAAUAAAUUCAACAAUAAAAAGCUUAAGUCUGAAAGAAUAACACAUUUAUCAUAAAUUCUUGUUUUGUAUAUCUCAAUUUUUACAUUGCAGUAGAUAAAAGUUUAUAAAUGCCAUAAAAGUUAUUAAUAGAAUCCAUUAAUGUUACUGAAAUGAUUGAAUUCGAAGAAGUACAACGCUUCGACAUAAGCUGUAAAUAGGCUGUAUUUUUGUCGAUUUCGCAAACGAAAAUGCAGAUUAAUAAUGACGAUCCAAACACAUACGAGGUGAAUGGAUGUCAAAGAAUUCAUUAUUAAUGCAUCUAUUUGUAACGAAUGUGUAUAAGAUUCAUAUUCUAAAUCGAUCAAGGUGAACAGAGAUAAUUGCAAUUAAGGCAGAUUUAUAUAAGGUACAAACCACAUAUUUGAUCCUAUAUGCAAUUCGCAUAUUAGAAUAUUGUGCCAAAUCAGCAUUUCUUUUUUAUUAUUAUAACUGCAAAUUAUUUGUCGAGGCAAGCUUUAAUUAACUAUUGAUCGGAAAGAAUGAAUAUUUUUACUUAUUUCGUUUUACUGUUCAUCAUUACUACUAAACAUGAUCACCAAUUUGCAAAAUUAAGAUACCAAGUAAAAUUAAAGAUAAUUUAAUUAGAAGUUUUAAACAUUUCGAUUAUAUUUA